UGAUGAUGAUGAUGAUGAUGAUGAUGAUUUUUCAGGUGCUGUUGAGUCAUGGGUUCUAAUAUCACAUCGCAUGCUGUUAACCUGACUGACAACAGCACACAAAGCUUCGCCCCCUUUUACCCACCAUUCCGUCCAAAUCAGAACCUCACAGAUAUCGAGAUCCAACUUGCAUUGUUCGGCGUCAUGUCCUUCAUCGCCAUUAUAUUAAACAUCCGGGCACUUGUGAUACURAACAAGAGAUGCAAGACKGUCCCGUAUGUACUGCUACAGAACAUCGCAGUGGUUGAUCUUCUGACUCCUAUCAUGACAGGACCGUUCUUUAUGUUCGGUUUAUUGGAGCAUAAGAUUGGUGCAUAUAUCCCAGUAAUAUGUAACAUACAAGGCUUCUUUCAUGCUACUUUGUGCACUGUUUUUGUUAACAGUGUGUCMCUGAUUGCAAUGAGCAGGUAUUGGGCAAGUUCGAGGCCAGCAACCUACCACAGAAUCUUUCCUAAUAAGGUUAACGUCCGCAUUCUGUUGCUAGCACUUUGGUCAUCCAGURCACUGAUAUGCGUACCCCCCCUGAAUAAAUGGGGCRCCUACAGAAGAUAUGACGGAACGUGUUGGCUGGCUUGGUUACCUAAGGAGCGAGGUUACAUGGCUUAUAAYGUCAYUAUGACAUUGUUGSAAGUGCUUGUCGUGAGCUAUUCGUGUCGUAAGGGUUAUACAGCUGUGAAAAAUGUCAAGAAAGUUGCUGCCACAGCUUCAAAUCGUCACCAACAGUUACGCGAAGAAAACGGCCACAGUCCCGAAUCACCUCCGACGGUAACCCGAAUAAAUACCGACGUCUUCUUCGUGGCAUUGGCUCAGCUGUUCGUGUACAUCGYCCUAUGGGUACCCCUGACRGUCAUGAAUGGGUACUUUCUGAAAGACUGGAGGAUUGUCGACUUYCGUAUCAUCAUAUCUUUUCUUUUCUUGUUYUUCUCGCGAUCGAUUUUGAAUCCAAUCAUWAUGUUCGGCCUCGGUGAUGACAUAACUUGCAACGGUCGUGUAACGCGCCUUGYUGAUAAUAUUAAUGUGGAAUUAGAGGAGCUAUGAGUUUACAAUCACAUAAAUGUACGUGCAUUGAUUGGCUUAGAAGCCGGCAGUAGUUUUGUGCAGUAUAUGGAUUGCAUACAUCAUUAUUAGACCUUUUAGAUUGGCAAGAUCAG